AUGUGUAGUCCGGUGGAGUAUCAAAACAAAGCUCUUUCUCGUAAUCUGUGGGUCUCCUUCAAUCAAUUCAGUUUCUUUUCAAAGGGAAUGAUACUUUGAGAAGACGGGUUUCCCUUUAUACAGUCUAUUUCAAUUAACGUUGUCACAAUAGAGCCAUUUGUACGAGAUAAAAUAAGAUGCGACUUAUUGAUGAGACGCGACUUAAAUAAGACGCGAGUUUCUCGUAUAAAAGGCACAAAAUUCUUAUGUAAGACGCGUCUUACAUAAGAACAGGACUUUUAGCUGUUCUUACAUUUAUGUCGCGUCUUAAAUAAGAUAUUUUAGACAAAAAUCCUAACUACACAUGCCCGAACUGACAUGAAACAUGCACGAGUCGUUCGAGCUGAACGGACGUACUUUUUUUAACUCACAGCUUUAUUGCUUUAUAUAACUUUAUAUUACUAUUAGCAAUGUCUAAAAAUGCAGAUAUUAAACGUUUAAAGGAACUUAGAGAAUGAAGAUUUGAAGAGUCAAAUUGAAAAAUUGGUGGAAAAAGUAGAUAAUUUAAGUCAAAAUGUCUUGUCGACGAAAGAAGCGAGCAGUGCUAAUGGCCGAUCAGGCGAGCAAGAAGAACCUUUGUCGUCUGAGAAAAAGAAAUCCGUUGAAUUCCUCAGUAAUCAGUAUGAUCAAGUCCUGAAGGAACUUGACCAGAUAAAAGCUGAAAUAAAAGAAGUAUCGAAGAAGUAUACAGAAAUUUCAAAUGCUAUAGCGGCGAUAGAAGACUAUAGCUUCAAUUACAAUGUGAAAAUAGUUGGUAUGCCUGUAGUCAGCGAGCAUGAUGAAAGAGCUGACGAAACAGUUGAGAUUUGCCUACGUCUAUUUACAGCUCUAGGUGUAAAAGAUAUUUCUCCCUAUGAUAUUGAUAUUGCCCACCGGGUACCAACGAGAAGAAAUUUCCCGAACAAACCUAAUCCAAUCAUUUGUAAAUUUACCAGGCGAAUUUCAAAGGAAAAGGUUAUGGCUGCGCGAAAGAAUGUAUUUAAGAUCUCUCCUAGUGAUGUUGGCUUCCAUGAACAGUUAUCAUUGGAAGGGCUACAACUUUAUGACCACUUAAGUCCUCGGUUGCAAACUCUUUUGCGUGAAGCGAAGUUAUUUAAAGAAGCAAAUGGAUAUAAAUUCUGUUGGGCGAAAAAUGGUUUUAUCUUUCUUCGAGAAUCUGAAAGCUCGCGUGCCUAUAAGUUGAAAAAUCUGGUUGAUCUGAGGGCAAUGACAACUCGACGCUAA